AUGGAACAAGAUAGAGAUGAGGUAGAGGAAAGAGAGGAGAGAGAGAUGGAAGACAAAGGAGAGGUGGAACAGGUGGGAGAGAUGGAACAGAAGGGAGAGGAGACAGAUGCCUGCUUCACCAGACAGAAGGUUGGGGUUGUAGUCCUGUGUCGGCCCAUACCUCACAGUGUGAACGUUACACAUGGCAGAGUAGAGGUGUUGAAGGAGAAUGCCCUCCUCGGGGAGAUGUCUGCGGGAAAGGUGUUCGGAGAGCUGGCUAUUCUCUACGACUGCACCAGGACCGCCACCGUCAAAGGUAUUGGGCCAGCAGAGGAGAGGACCAGGCGGGCGGGGAUGAGGGGGUGA